AAUUCAACUGGAAAACGUCGCCCAGAAAUUACAUAGGCGGUUGUCGUAUGUACCUGUUCUCAGGCCCACCGCUAUAAAGAUGACAAUGCGGGGAUGCCAUCUGUUUAGGUGGGCUACAAACCUAUCUACAAACCUACAACAUGACAAAAUUGCGCAAGAAUGGACUGGUACGGAACCCGGAGGACGAGAAAAUUUAAAGGUCUUUAUGCUAAGUGGUGAAGAGGAUCUUUUUGCCCGCAUCAGUAUCGGCUAGACCUCGGAGGAACAUCCAUGCAGCGGAACAACAAUCCUUACGUCUUCCUUAGCAGUGAUGACACUUCCAUGAUGAACGGGAAACAACACAUCAGCAUGCACCCUCCAAUAACUGCCGGACCCAAGUACGCCCCUCUCCACCGCACCUCGGAAGCCAUGCGCCGGCACUGUAUGACAACCCCCCCGAGCAAUAUAUUUGCGGGGUUGGAUGAGAGCUUACUCGCUCGUGCCGAGGCACUGGCGGCGAUCGACGUGGUCUCGGGAAGCGGCGUGAAACACUCACCGCAGCUCCUGCGUCCUGACACCGGCUACCCCGGGAUGAACGGCACGGCGCACUCCCCGGCGACUUCGGUGGCGGGGCCGGGGCCUCACGUCUCCCACCCUCUCCCCCACCAUCCUCACAGUUUCGCCGCCGACAGCGAGGCUUCACCGUUCGAUCAACUCCCAACGACUUCUCUACCGCUCAGUAUGAGCAUGGCCGACCCGAACUCUCCCGUGGUGUCCUCAGUGUCAUCCAUGGCGCCCACACACAUCCCAGGGAUGCACCCCGCCCCCACGGGCAACAUGACAGGCAUGUCCCCCCACCACCUCGUCCCCAACCCCCACCACCCCAUGUCUAUGCACGAUCCCAACGACACGGACCCUCGCGAACUGGAAGCCUUCGCGGAACACUUCAAGCAGCGCAGGAUAAAGCUCGGUGUAACGCAGGCCGACGUGGGGCAAGCCCUGGGCAAGCUGAAGCUACCCGGUGUAGGCUCCCUCUCUCAGAGCACCAUCUGCCGUUUCGAGUCCCUCACACUCUCCCACAACAACAUGGUCGCUCUCAAACCCGUGUUGGAAGCGUGGCUCGGCGAGGCCGAACAGCAAGCCCGCGCCAAACAGAGGAGCCCGGACAUCUUCAAUAACGCCGAGAAGAAGAGGAAGAGGACGAGCAUUGCCGCGCCGGAGAAGCGGUCGCUGGAAGCCUACUUCGCGGUCCAACCUCGCCCGUCCUCGGAGAAGAUCGCGGCGAUUGCCGAGAAGCUGGACCUGAAGAAAAACGUGGUACGCGUGUGGUUCUGUAACCAGAGGCAGAAGCAGAAGAGAAUGAAGUUCUCGGCGCAGCAAGGCGGGAGAUAAAAGACUGCUCGCAGCUAUAUACAUACACCGUGCCCGGUAGGAAAGAACUCCAUGAUAUUCCACGUCUACUACAUACAUACUUCUGAUUACAAACUGUAAGAUAACUGUACGCAGGCAAGACUCUACUAUCGCACCGCCCAACCGUUGACUAGUGAGAACCCGCACUGGGGGACAAGAGAGACCGGGCCGCCAGCGAUAGCUUGUCGCCAAAUCCCUGCUCAAUGUAGGUGAAUUUAUUUCAUCGAGUCUGUGCUACUGGGGGCCAAUUUUGCCUUCCAGGUUCGAUAGUUCGAUUGGUGCAGUCAAGGGAAUUGUUGUGUAUACAUGUAGCACAAAAACGCCCGCAUAUAGCAACUAAAAAUGUACGAUAUUUCCAUACAAAAUUAGCUCCGUUUUCGUGGCGAAUGGACCUGUGUUGUCGCUAAUCACUUUAUAAGGAUUUGUAACGAGGGAAAUUAGCAAGCGAUUUUUUAUAGCGUCCCCACGCUUAUACGGCCGUGUUCGUAUGCCCAAAUUUGAAAGCUAUAGAGUCAUUAAAGCGGAACAAAUGUUACCUUGUGCUCGUAGCGAACACACAAGCCGUAAUGUUUACGUAUAGCCCCAAGCUAUAACAAACGCAACCAACGCCUUUUCACCCGUAUUGUUCUUUGAUUGAUAGCGUUGAAAUAACGGUCAAAACAAAACCCUUCAAAAGCACAGAAAAAAACACAACAUCCCACGUUUUGCUCUAACCUCGCGUAGUAGUAUCAUCAUACCCACGUUGCAUAAAAUAGUAACGAAGCAGGGGUUUCCCCCGCUUGUGUAUAAAAUAUUUACAAGUCAGGCCUUAUCUUCAUCAUUAAGUAUUUAUUUGGGGAAUUCCUCGUUUGAUACACUGUGAAUUUUUUACCCAGUCUAGUCUACGUAAGCAGAGAACUAGAAGGCAGUGUAGCCAUAUUAAUAUAUGGUACGGGACGGGAAAAUUCGCACUUGUAUAUUUUAUUUGCAACAAAGAGAAAAAGGUAGGAACAUCGCCUGUCUUGUAUGUAUAUGUAAUAUAGCAACGUUGUAUCAUUGCUAGUCUAAAACAAUCAUGCCACUUAUGCUCUAUAUACGUGUCCUUUUUAUGAUGUUAUUUGUGUAUUGUAAUAAUGAUAUGAUCUAUAAUAUAUACCGAAGAGCAAUGAUAUGUUAUUGUAUUAAGAGACAACAGCAAGAUGUAUAGAUUUAAGAAAGAAAAAUUGAGGAGAAUUUUAGAAUGUGAAGUGUAGGGCUAAGAUAUGUACAUGGAGAUCGACCGCCAGUCUUUAUAAACAAAAAGGUGGUGCAUUUUUAUAUACAGCGAUAUGUGUAGACGGUUGUAAUAUGUAGCAGAAUUCCCUAGUCAGUUUCGUGUUUUGUCCAGCAUAUGGCCCCAGGAGUAAGCUUCAUUGUAUAGAAGGGUCCCUGGUAUUCCUACAUUGUUGUACAGCUCUUUAACAGCGGGAAAUAUUGCACAAACCUACCCAGGGGGUAUAAGAGAAGUAGAUAGAAUUCACCAAAUGUAGACAGCUAGAGAGUUUAGAGCAGAAAUGUGUGCAUGGCUUCUUUCAAAUUUGAAAGCGUGGCCUGGACAACCUCUUUCACAUCUUCUCGUCACAACCAUAAAUGUUCAUUCGUCGGCUUGUCUUCUCGUCUUUAUCAGAUAUUUUUCAAUAAAAGGCUUUAGAAAGAAAGAAAAA